GCAUAAAAUAGGUCAUGCUUCAUCAGUCGAGCAUUAUGGUGUAAUAAAUGAUAGGCCAGUUAUUCCACUGGAUGAUUCAGAGUCAGACCCAGAUGUGUUGCUUCCAGCAAUAUUUGAUAUGGUUUUCAUAAAAACAAUCGUAGAAGGAAAAAUCUCAGUAAAAGCAUUAAUUGAUACAACAUCUAAAUCCAAUACUAUUAGCAAGUGCUUGUAUAAUAAGUUUGAAGAAGAUUAUGGGUUAGAAGAAUCUAAAUCUGGUCUAGCUCAAGAGGAGGUUAUAAAUAUAAUUAACAAAAUUCUCUCAAAUACCAAAGAUAGACUUGAAGGGUUAUUGUUUUGUAAUAAUAAGCAACAGAAGAAACGUCAUGGAAUAUUUCACAACAAAUCUGAAACAGAGACUGAUUCAUCCAGCUCCGAUUCAGAAUCCAUGGAUUCAGACUGGUAUAAUCUCGACCCAAUAAAACCCCGAAAGAAGAGGCAGAGCCUCGAAUAUCUGAUUCAUCGUGUUCAUGUUAAAAAGAAAAAGGUUGUUUUUCCUAUCCUAAAACAUCGUAAAAAUAAGCAUACCAACUGUGUCCACAUUUCAGAGUAA